AUGUCAGAGAAAUCAGGAGUUCGUUUUGAGGAAGCCGAGAACAGUAAAGGGAUCGUGCUCACGACCACAGCUGUAAUAUGCUCUGUGUUAGCAUGUCUUGUGCAGAAUUCGAAUACGAUGCUGGGUAUGAUCGCACUAUUUGCGACUUACAUGAUGACUGGUGAUAGAUAUCAAUGGGUGUACAUUUGGAGGAAAACAUUUUUAAGAGAUAUGUUAGGUGUGUGGGUCCUUUUUCGGACAAUGUUCCAAAUUUGGAAAUGGGAGAAAAAUGGUACGACCGUGGUGACCAGGUGGGCAGAAGUCGCUAAGAUGUCACCGGAUAAGAAGGCCUUCGUUAUGGAAGACAGAGCGUUGACCUUCCGUGAGGGUGAAGAAUUCAGCAACCGCAUAGCUUGGUACUUCAAACGGCAAGGCUUCAAGAGCGGUGAAGUAAUAGCGCUCUUCAUGGAGACACAGCCGGAAUACAUGUUCAUAUGGUUGGGAUUGGCAAAGAUGAGGGUGAUCACAGCAUUGGUAAAUAACAGCUUGAGGGGGGCACAGCUGGUCCACUGCCUGAAAAUAGCUGGAUGUAAAGCGGUCGUGUUCGGAAAUGAAAUGACCGAAGCCAUAAAAGAAAUCCAGCACGAGAUUGUGGAUAUGCCUCUCUUCCAAUACAACUCCCCGGAGAAACCAGGAUCACCUGUGUUAGAAGACACCGUGCCUCUUGCCACAGAACUCAAUGAAAUGAGCACCGAACGCUUCGUAGACGCAGAACCGGCAAAACCUCGUGAUACUUUACUCUAUAUAUACACAAGUGGUACGACCGGUUUCCCUAAAGCUGCGAUUAUUACAAAUAUAAGGUUCCUGUUGAUUCCUCUCGGGGUUUUCACAUCGGCUCAGUUGAAUACCUCUGACGUUAUAUACGACCCCCUACCCCUCCAUCACACGGCUGGUGGAGUGCUAGGUGCUGGUCAGGCGUUGGUAUUGGGCUGUACCGUAAUCCUACGUAAGAAAUUCUCUGCUAGGAAUUACUGGAGUGACGCAGCUAAAUACGGCUGUACGGUAACACAAUACAUUGGAGAAAUAUGCCGGUAUCUAUUAUCCGUACCAGCUGGGCCUGAUGACAGAGCCCAUAAAGUCAGGGUUAUAGUAGGAAAUGGACUAAGACCGCAGAUUUGGGAGGAGUUCGUCCAAAGAUUUGGAAUAAAAAGAGUGCUCGAAUUCUACGGAGCCACCGAGGGGAAUAGCAAUCUUGUCAAUUUGGAUUCCAAAGUGGGUGCCAUUGGAUUUUUGAGUCGGAUGGUGUCUUCAAUAUAUCCGCUAACAUUAGUCAAGUGUGACGAAAUAACGGGUGAAAUCGUAAGAGACAGCAACGGCAGAUGUAUAAGUUGUGGUCCACACGAACCAGGUGUCCUAUUGGGAAAAAUAGAUAAAAAGAAGGCUAUCCUAACUUUCGCCGGAUAUGCGGACAAGACAGCAUCAGAAAAGAAGAUGGUACGCAAUGUGAAAACAGAAGGUGAUUGCUAUUUCAACACUGGCGACAUAUUAGUUAUGGACCAUUUCGGCUAUUUCUAUUUUAAAGAUAGGACUGGUGACACUUUCAGGUGGCGCGGGGAGAAUGUAUCCACAGCAGAAGUGGAAGGUGUUAUUAGUACACUAGUUGGUCUGAAAGAUGCUGUUGUAUAUGGAGUUAAGAUACCAAACGUAGAAGGUAAAGCUGGAAUGGCAGCUAUAUCAGAUCCAGAGAAAAAAAUAGACCUUAAGCAGUUAGCUCAAGGUUUAAAAUCAUUACCUACUUAUGCUAGGCCGCUUUUCCUAAGAAUAAUGCCAGCACCACCGCUGACAGUUACUUUCAAGUUGAAAAAGAAGGAGCUGAUGGAACAAGGUUUCACAUUGAACCUCCAUAAUGAUCCUAUGUAUUUUUUGGAUCAGAAAUCUGGAGAAUAUAUUCCAUUGACUCAGAAGCUGUACGAUGAAAUUCUUCGAGGGGUUAUAAGGCUGUGAUGUAAAGAAUAUUAAUAAGAAUAAGAAUAUGUGAAAAUGUUAUGAAUUUAGUCAAUAUAGGUAUUUAAGUCUUAAAAUUAGUUGAAAUUGAUUAUUAAUACUGGUGUCCUGGUACUUUAUAUAGAUAAUUAUAUUGAAACCAAAACAUAUUGUUUGUUUAUCGACGAUUGAUAUAAUACUUCUUGUAACGUAAAACGAGACCAGAUAAGAUAUGAGUUUGUUGACUUUUCCAUAAGCUAACAUAAAUUGGUUUACGAGUAGACCUUUACACAUUCAUGAAGUAAAAAUAAACUUCAUUAAUUUGCAUAAACAAAGUUUGGUUCUUACAUGGAACGAAUUAAUAAAAUUAGUAAA